GCAAUCAGUUCAAACAUGGCGACGUCCAGUGGUCGGUGCGACGCACGUUGUGUCGAGCUCGGAUUCAUCGAAAAACGCGAGCCGUGGGCUCUCGCGAGCAAAUAUUUUCCGAGUAAGGUCGGCGGGAAGCCAGCGUGGCUCAGUUUAAAAGAUAUCCCGGGAGUGAAUCAGGUUAUCUGCAAGAACUGCGGUGAACCUUGUGUGUUCCUGCUUCAAGUGUACGCUCCGAUCGACGACAUCGGCGAUGCUUUCCACAGAACCUUGUACGUGUUUAUCUGCCUGUCGCAAAACUGCGUUGCAUCUCAUAACGAAGGCAGCGUCAUCGUUUUGCGGUCGCAGUUACCGCUCGUGAACCCAUUCUACAGCAAAGAUCCUCCGCAAUCGAGUGCCGACGAUGCGGACUCCCCGUGCGCCAGAGAUUACAAUCCGAUAUGCGACGUCUGCGGAGUGUUGGGCGACAAAAAGUGUGCUCAGUGCAAAUCGCGCAGUUAUUGCUGCAAAUCUCACCAGGUGAGGGACUGGCGAGAUAAUCAUAAAACGAAAUGUCGCACGUCGGAUCCGAGUGGAACUGAGACGUCAAAACUUUUGUUUCCUCAGUUCGAGCUUGUCACUGAACCAGAAGAAGAGGAUGAUGAUGAUGAUGAUGACGUUGAUGAGCGGAAAAGGCUGUCCGAAUACCAGGACUUCGUGUCCAAGCAUCCAGAAUGUAAAGAAUCACCUUCACAGUUAAAAGAUAUACAGGACUUGCAAAACAUGGCAGCCACCUGCAAGGAUAAGGCGUUUUGGAAGUUCAGGAAGGAAACCCGCAAGGCCCCCGAGCAAGUUUUGCGGUACGAGCUGGGAGGUACACCACUCUGGGUGUCGUCCGAAGGAGUCCCGAAGGACAUCCCCAGGUGCGAUUGCGGUGCAGAGAGACGGUUUGAGUUCCAAGUGAUGCCUCAGCUUCUGAAUACAAUCUCCGGCUCGGAUCCGGACGGUGUCGACUGGGGAACGUUGACGGUGUUCAGCUGCAAGAAAAGCUGUUGUUGCGGCACGGCUUACAAAGAGGAGUACGCGUGGAAGCAAGAUUUCUCAAAUAAAGACGACGUUUCAAGUUAACUUUGUCUCUAUCUCAUUUACAAAGGCUCGGAUUGCACCUAUGGAAGUUUACCCGUACUGUACUCACCACUUGCGGAAUGGAGGCGAUGUAUUGCGUUGUCUACAUAUAAAGAGCCUGAAGACAAUUUCUUCCUGGUAUACUUCAAAGUGAUUGAGCAUCGCACAGUCACAAUUGAGGACAAGGGUGGUCGGCAAAUCAGCACAUGACGUUAGCUUCCAAGCACGAAUAUCAUGCCGGUUAAUUACCAUACCAUGCAGUGUUUAUUUGUUCGAGAAAUCGUGCACGCAAUCUACUAAGAUAUUGGUAGGUAUUGGCACACAUAUAAAUCAGCAAUCACCAUUAUUUUAUACAAACUCAUUUCUGAAGAUUAUAUUUCGCGAGAAAGACAUGGAUACCGGAGGCAGUUUUCAUCUCGAAUGAUAAAGAACUCCACACCUUCGCACCAAAGUAACUCUGGAGUCCAUAAUUUGUCCUGACACAUGGAAGGCGAAACUGCAAAUUGUCAGACCUUGUCAAAUAUGGCGUUGACAUCUCAAGUGUAACAACGUGAACGACUGUAUACCCAUAAACUAGCUUGCGCAUAAGCAAAGCAGUUCUAUAAUACUUAACUGAUAAAUGAAUUGGACAAAAAAUAAAAAACAAUUGUGAAUGUGAUGGAUUCUCUCUGGAGGAGACAAGCACAGCCUUGAAAGCUUGUUACUGAAGCAUGUAAAUUGAAUUCAGGGUUGAUUCAUACACAAAUCCAUACACCUAAACUGCAUAGACCAAAUGAGAGUGCACUAAUGAAUGAUAUACAGAUAUGAGCGUACUCAGAGGUAUCAGUUUCUGAUUUUUUUUGAUUGCACAUAUUCCAAGUGACAUCCUCCUUCUCACAGCAAGUA